AGAGAUGGGGAAGCAGGCAUGUGGAUGAGUGGGGGACACACCCUAACCCUAAAAACUUACUUCAAUGGAGAAAAAUAAAACCCUCAAAUUAUUGAGUGAAUCAAAGUAAAAGAAAGUGACACAAAAAAAGAUACAAAGAAAGAAAGAAAACCAAAACCCCUCUUCUUUCUUCUUUAUCUCUCUCUCUCUCUCUCUUUCUCUUUCUCUAUCUCUCUCUCCACACUGUUUUUGAAUUUCAGUACCCACAUUGCUUACUUACUUUCAUCGAUCUCCAAAAUCAAAGAUUACCCAUGUGAAAAGAUCGAUAACUAUUUAUGGGUUUUGUUUCUUAUUAAGUUUCAACCUUUCGAUUGUUGUCUUUUCGUCAAAAUCAAGUCAAGAAACCAGGUUUUGUUCAUGCGGUGUUCUUCAUAGAGUGAAAAAUUCGUGAGAUUUGAAGAUGCCGAGACCAGGACCGAGGCCUUACGAGUGUGUUCGAAGAGCUUGGCAUAGUGAUAGACAUCAACCCAUGAGGGGUUCUCUCAUUCAAGAAAUCUUUAGUGUUUGAUUAGGAUUGUGACUGAGAUCCAUAGCUCAGCGACAAGGAAGAACAAAGAAUGGCAAGAUAAGCUACCGAUUGUUGUUCUAAAAGCCGAAGAAAUCAUGUACUCAAAAGCAAAUUCCGAGGCAGAGUAUAUGAAUCUUGAAACCCUUUGGGAAAGAGCUAAUGAUGCCAUUAACACAAUAAUUCGGUUGGAUGAAAGUACUGAAACUGGGGAUUUCUUGCAACCUUGUAUUGAAGCGGCUCUUAAUCUUGGAUGCACACCAAUGAGGACAUCAAGAAGCCAAAGGAACAAUACUUCAACUUAUUACCUUAACAUCAAGAAUCCCGACUCUAAUUUCUGCCCUUCAAACAAUUUACACAAAUGCCCCCAAGAAAAUCCUAUAAAAAUCACACAAUUCGCUCCUCAUUAUCCCCAAAUCAUGAAUCCACGUGUCAUUAACGUGCCACCUUUCAAUCUAAAACCCCAAAUCCCAAUUCCCCCAAAUGAAACAUCGAUCAGAAACAAAUUCCCUUUUCAAUCGCAACCAAAUACAAAAUCUCCAUCUGUAUACCCUCUUUUUUACGGAAAUGGGAACGAACCUAUGGAUCCAAAGAUGAAUUAUUCUGAGAUUAAAGAGAAUCGAAAAUUAGGGUUGUUUCAAAAACCUUGUUUUAGUGAAGAACACGAUGAUGGACAUGAAUGUGAUUUGUCACUAAGGUUAGGUCCUUCGAACAUGAAAACCAGUCAACAGAGUCGAAAUCUUGAAGUGGGUGAGUUUGAAAAGUCAAAUCAAUGGAGUUUUGAAGGUGAAAAAGUGGAUUUGGAUGGAAGAAUGAGGAAACGGAAGGCAGUGGUUGGUAAUCUUUAUGAGAAUUUACAGUUUUGUUGGCAAUCGAAGGUUUCUUCAGCUAACUCUAAUGGCGGAUUGUAGUUUGCAAGUAGUUAUUAAAAAUAUUAUUAGCUUUAGUUGUACAUUUAAAAAAGAGAAACAACCCUCUACUUGUAAUCCGACUAGCAAUCUAGUUUCUUGAUUGAUGAGA